UGAGAUCUGAGAUCGGAAAUCGGGCACUUCGAGAGAAUUUCGCUGCGAUUGAGAAUGAUUUUCGAAUGCAGAUGAUGGAGAGUUCUCCGAGUUCAGUCGGUCGAAGGAGCACGCCCCGGGCAGUCGCUAAUUAAAUUUGGAAAAAGUAUUUCAAAAAUAUUUCGAAAAUCGUAAAAGAGCUUAGAAUAUUCCUCAAAUAUCCGAGGCAUGUUUAAAGUGUCACAGGAGAUGCGUUUAAAUACGCAGGCCGCCUCAUCCAACUCCGCCUCCUCCUCCAGUCAAAGUGGGAGUGGCCUGGAGGGCAACAGUCCGGAGGAGGGCGGUAUUUUUGGACGCUACCAGCGGACGCCCGAUGCGGAUGCAUAUCCCUCGGAACCGCCGCGGGUUUAUGUGGCGCCCGAGCUGACCGAUGCUGGCAAGGUGCAGCUGCUCCACUUUCCCAGCGGAGCGCUGAGGGUCAACAGCUCGGUGGGCUUCAUCAUCAAGCGGAAUGGGGUCAAAGGGAACUUCGAGGUGCGCGUCGAGGGUCCCAGUGGCCAGCCCAUUCAGCCUGUCCAGCAGCAGCAGCUGGAUCCGGAGCGAUUCCAAAUCAAUUGCCACUUGGCUGCCGGAGCUGGACUAUACAAGGUGCACAUCAAGUGCAAUUCCGUCACCCUGCCCCGGUCGCCAUUCAUUAUCGUGGCCAUAGCAGGGGCUCCAGAUUCCAUUGAAGGAAAAACAGCGAAUACAUCAGUUUCCAUCCUGGAUUCGGAUGUCAGUAAAGUGCACAGCCGUGGCCUGGGCCUCACCCAUGUCAGUUUGGUGGAGCGCAACGAGUUCACAGUGGAUUGCAGCCAAGCGGGGAGCAACAUGCUCCUGGUUGGAGUCCUGGGCCAACGAGGUCCUUGCGAAGAGGUGGUGGUGAAGCACUUGGGCCGAAGCAUUCACAGGGUUACCUAUCGUGUUUGCGAUCCCGGCGAUUAUAUCCUGGUGGUCAAGUGGGGGGAACAACAUAUACCGGGUUCCCCGUUUAGCCUAACUGCCGAAUAGGAUAAGAA